AUGGAUGACAGGUCACUGUUCACGAUGCUCUCAAUGGUGAAGGGGAUAGGUUCCUGGUCAGUCCACAUGUUCGUGAUAUUUUCACUGCAUCGGCCGGAUGUGUUGCCUGUGAGUGAUUUAGGGGUUAGGAAAGGUGUGCAGUUGUUGUACAGUUUGGAGGAUUUGCCUAGGCCUUCACAGACGGAGCAAUUGUUUUCAAUACAAGAGUGGGAUGACAAAGAAGAAGGCAAGGAAGUGACUCAGCAAUGGGAAGAUGAUUGGGAUGAUGACGAUGUCAAUGAUGAUUUCUCCCUGCAGCUUAGGAGAGAACUUGAGAGCAGCACCGAGAAGAACGAAGCCAAGUCUACAUGA